AUGAUCGGUAACCUGAAGCUGAAGGUGCGGGGCGGCGGCGGUAAGGAGGAGGCGCCCAGUCGCCGCAUCAAGACCGAGAUGAACGAGAACGGCAAGAAGAUCAGCGUCUACAUCAACAAACCGAGAGCCCCCCUCGCAGAAAACAAGAAGAUCUUCAAUGACAACGACACCCUCACCCUCAAGAAGCAGAAGCCCAUCAAGUCCCUCGCCCUCAAACCCCCCUCCAACGCAGCCUCCAAACUCAACACAGAGGCCAAGGACCCAGACGCACUCUCACUCGCGCAACGCCAAGCCGCCAAUCGCAUCUUCGGACCCUCCAAAAAAGAUCCCGCGCUGUCCCUGGGCCGAGAAAGAGAGGUUCGCGAGGGCAGGGAGUCGAGCAGACUGGUGGGGGCAGCACGCUACGCAUGCGAGGACAAGGUAGGGUCAGGGACGUUCGGAGUGGUCCACAAGGCAAGGGACAAAAAGACGCUGGAGCUGGUGGCCAUCAAGCGCGUCUACCAGGACAAGAAGUACAAGAACAGGGAGCUGGAGAUCCUGCGCACGCUCGACCACCCCUGCGUGCUGCGCAUCCGCGACUCCUUCUUCACCUACGAGGGCGAAAAGGAGUACCUCAACGUGGUCAUGGACUACUUCCCCUCCAACCUCUACGAACACGCUCAGAAGUACCGAGGAAGGGGAGAAAUCGGCCGGCUCAAGCUCAAAGUGCUCGCCUACCAGAUGUUCAGGGGACUCCUCUACCUGGGACGGCAGGGCAUCGCCCACCGCGAUAUCAAACCGCAGAACGUGCUGGUCGACGACGCCAACUGGCGCCUCAUCAUCUGCGACUUUGGCUCUGCCAAGCGCCUCCAACCGGGAGAGCCUAACCUCGCCUACAUCUGUUCUCGCUGCUACCGCGCUCCUGAGCUCAUCUUCGGCAGCACUGGGUAUUCCCCCCAAAUAGACGUCUGGUCUGCAGGCUGCAUCCUGGUCGAGAUGCUCACCCUCGAGCCGAUUUUCCGAUCGUAG